UCGUCAAUGUGGACGUCCGAGGCGCUUAAGUGGAAGCUCAUGGUGGCACUGAAGUGAAGGGGUUUGUGAUGAAGGAGAAAGGGGAAGAAACUGUCAGGUUGGAGGUUGGAUUUGGAAGAUGAGUGUUUGUGUCGAUGGUUUGAGAAUAAUGUGUACUGGCGGACGGGGAAGAGGAGACCCUUCUUAUACCUUUUCUGCCAUGAGGAUUGUGAAAGGGGCUGAUCUACUUGCCCUCCCCUCCAUUUCUCCCCCUCCCUCUUCCAAGAGCGUUACUGCAACACUAGGCUGGGUCUCAUUAGUUAGCUUAAUCGCGCGAUUGAGUGGACAUCGGGCUAGUCUAGAAGCUCUGUUGGAUCUUCCGUGGGGGCCCCUCCUCUCGUCUCAGUGUGUGGUGGGAUGUAUGUAUGUAUGCGCAUACACUACAUGUAUCAGAAGCUGCAAUGCAACCAUAAGCAAGCUGUAUUCGAUCAUCAAGCCACUUACGAAAAACAACAAACAAACAAAACAAGCGCGUGUGCCUUUCAAUGAUUGCAUCAUUGUCUUUCUGCUAUGCUUUCUCUGCCUGAAGCGGGCCUUCUCCCCAUAACAAUAGAAUAGUAUCAUGUCUUAGAAAGAGAAAUGGGUACGUAUUCAUGUAUCGGCCACCUAUCACUAUUGUUUUGUUUCACCGUAGACAAUCCUCCCCACUCGCGCACCUAGUCCCUCUUGGCGGCCAAUUCAGCAGUAGUGGACCCUGAAAGGUAUCCCAUCCUCUGGCCCCCCUCCGGCGCCUGCGCGGGCUGAAGCAAAGGGCAGGUGAGACGUGACGUUGUUGCUCUCUGUUCUGUCUGCCGGUCUCGAGGGGAGGGGAU